GUGAGUUAAGUGAGAGACUUGCUAAUGAAAUAAAGUCCAAGCAGCAACUGGCUAGUGUGCAGGCUAGGCUGAGACAACAGUUAGAUAAUGUAUCAGCUGAUAAAGAAAAAGCUAUGUACUCCCAGCAACAACUGGCACAGCAGUUUGAUACUUUAUCAGCUAAUUACGAAAAAUUACUGGCAGCAUAUCAUGAGGAACAGGCUAAACUAGAGGAUCAAAUAGAAAGAAUGAGGAAAGCUAAUAAAGUAUUAUUUGAGAAGUUAAAAGGUCACAAUACCUCCACUGAUUCUAGUCAGGCUCAUAUUUCAUCACGUCGUAAUGAUGUACCAGGUGGUAAUUAUUAUCAGAUGUCAACUCAAGCAAGCAGUGGUCCUGGUGUUAAGGGAGAAAGUGAUGAAAUGGAUCACUCUUAUCGUGCCUAUUCUGAUCAUCUAAACGAGAAGCCACAAUUUACAGCAGAAGAAAUGGCAGCACUCUUUAAGAAGUCAGUACAACCAGAAUACUAUGAAAUGGAGUCAGGCUAUGAUGAACAAGAGGCAGAAAAGGAAAAGAUUAAAAUUGAUAAAGAAUUGGAAGAAAUAGAUCAGCUUAGACAGAAAACUCCUUUCUUACAGAGAUUACUAAAGGCAGCUGACAAGGAUGAUGACAAAGGCAGGCCUUUAGAUCCUAACCUGGUCUGCCCUAAGUGUUGUAAGCAGUAUCGUGUGGGUCAAAUUCAAAAACUAAAAAGACACAUUAAUGCUCAAUGUUCUAAUGAGGAAUCAGAUGAGUCUGAUGAAGAAAUUGAUAAAGAUGAGGAGGAAAUACGGCAAAUGGCUGAACAGCGUCGCAAAGAAAUGCAAGGCCCAAGUACAGCUGAGGUUCUGUUUAAUGACGACGACGAUAGUUCAUUGCCUUAUGACCCGAAUCUUGUAUGCCCAAAGUGUGGCAAGCAAUAUCGUGUGGGGGAAAUCCAGAAAUUAAGGAGACAUAUGAAUGAAUUCUGCACAGGAAUAAGAUGAAAGUCAAUAGCUUGCAUGAUUAUUUCUGUUUUUAGAAUAUAUACUCAUUAAUUUUUGAAUGUUUUGGUGAUCAUUCUAAUUUUUUAGACUAA